CCACAACAGUUGUUUUGACAGACAACCUCUUCACCUUCACAGCUGAUUAGAAUGUCACCUCCCCGCCGAGUAUCAAGCUCGGAUUCUGCAAGAGCGUUUUCGUGACGAGACUACCUGUUCUCGUUGAGCUGCGCUGGAGCCGCGUGUUUGGGAUUGUUCCACUCGCUGCCGGUGGUCCAGUCUCGGCCCCCGCGGCCCGGCCGGCCGAUCAGGUGAUCGUCAGUCCCUGUCUCGUCCUCGCACUCGCAGCCAUGGCCGGGUCGUUGCCUGCAGGUCCUUUAUCCGGACCCAAUAGCGACAACGGCAAAGGCAAUGGACUCCUUUUGUACUUUCAUCACUAUUCGUUUUACUCCCAAAAGGUGGUAAUGGCAUUGCAUGAAAAGAAAGUACCUUUCAAGACGCAUUUAGUAAAUGUUCCCAAGGGUGAACAAUAUGAUCGAUGGUUUAUGGAAAUAAAUCCAAAAGGGGAUGUACCAGUCUUGAAGGAUGGCGUUAAAAUUAUCCCAGAUUCGGGAAGAAUUUUAGAUUAUUUAGAAGACAACUUUACCAAUGGGGGAACACCUCUUAUUCCUAAGGACCAAGGGAUGGAGAUUCGUCAACGAGUUCUCCAUUUCCGAACCUUGCUUGACCAACUGCCAGUCAAUCAUAUCACUGCGGGAUCUAUCUAUCACACUGAUCUAAUGUGCAAACCUAAACUUCCCUAUGUUACUCCAUUUCGGCAAAUGCUUAGAGUUUCAGAAGUAAAUCAAGAAAAAUACAUGCGUCAACAUGCUGAAAAUAACCCUGAUUUUCGUGAGAUACUGCUGCAGAGAGCAGAACUAGUGAACCAAAAGCGCAAGUCUAUUGUUAAUCGAGAUGAAUACAUCAAAAGGCUGGAUCAGCUAGACUCAGUUCUUACAGAAGUGGAAGCGGAGCUAGUAUCUCACAGUUCAGAUCAAGCAGACUGGUGGUUAUGCAGUCCAAAUUUUAGUAUUGCUGAUGUUGCCCUCACUGUUCUUCUGGACCGUCUUAGUGCACUUGGCCUGCAAGAGCGAUUUUGGAAUCAGAGCAAACGCCCCAACCUUGACUUGUAUUAUAAGCGGGUUCAAAACCGAGAUUCAUACCAGAAAGCCAUUCCCUCUUCUUUCGUACAUCUACAGUUGUUACUUAUGAUGACUCCGCGUGUGGUGAGGGUGGGCACAUGUUUUGUGGCUGCACUGGCAGUCAUAGUUGGUGGAUAUUGGUAUCUAAAGAGAAAGUAGGAAUUCACUGAUCUUAAGAACGUUAGUGCUGGUUUUGUGGCCCAUAUGUAGUGUGCUUUGCAUUUAUUUUGAAUAAUUUUAGUCUCUGAGAAGUCUAGCUAUGAUUUCAAUGCAACAAAUCAUGUGAAAAAUUUUUAUUUGCAGGCCAUUUCUAUCACAUGUUAUGAAAUUGUUUGCCUCCAAGUAAGAUCUGUUGUCGUUCUCAUUAUGGCAGUUCUAUUCUCUCUAAUUCAGUAUUUGUAGGUAACUAAUGCUUCUGUCACAAGCCCUUGAAUUUCUUCCCCUCAUCUUGUUGCUCAAAAAAUUGAAAGGAAGGGAGAACUUUGGCAUUUCCUAAACGUGCACCAUUUUGUUCAAUAUUUUCUUUACUUGCUUCUUUUGCAUGUUUUCAAGCAUCACAUAGCGAAAUUCCAAAUUUAUUAACAAUUUACCCUUUCCUUGUGAGAUGGUCUUAUUUUUGGGGGUUUGCAUGCGCUGAAGAAGGAAAAUACAUGACAUUCUAGAAAAAGUUUUCUGUGCGAAAAAUUUUCUAGCUAAUAUUAUUACCUGUGGCUGAUCUUUGAUCUUGAAUAUUGUCCUCUUUGCUUUACACCUAAUGUGUAAGUUUUUUUUUUUUCAUGCUGUGUCUGUUUGUGUUUUUUUGCAAGGAAACAAUCGCCUGUGUCUAUAGUUUCAUUACAUAUGACAAUGUCUGAACAUUUCAAUGGCUUAUAUUUUUUGUAGUAUAACACCAAAUUCUUAAACAGGCGGCUGUGAUGUUGUAGUCUUUAUGGAGGCCUGACUUAGUGUUACGCCUUUGGAAUGCUGUGAUAGAGAUGGUGCAGUUUAACUGUUUUCUUUUUUUUUCUGUUCUAAUUUUCUUUUCUGUUUUAAAAAAGUUGAUGAACUCUGUUGUUCUACUUGAUAAGUAAGAAAAUAGGAGAGCCGAUUGUAGUAGUUACGAUUUCAGUUUUAAUGUAAUUGUUUGUCAUUAUACUAGUUUAAAUUUUAAUUGCUGCAUAGUGCACUACAUUUUUUUUAAAGAUACAAAGCAUUGUCUUCUUUGGUGGUGGUUAGUUUGACCGUUUAUAUGUUUGAUUACAUUUGCUGGUCUAGUUGUACAAACUAAACCAUUCCACAUCUCAGCCUUGUUAAUUAUUCACGUGCAAGUUUUAUUUAUUGUGUGCAUUGAAUAUACUGUACUUGUAUAUAAGACUGUUUAAAUGCUCAUGCUACUUGAGAUAUAAGCUGAGUAUUAUGGGUAUUACUCUUAAUAAAUUGUCUAAUUUCUUAA